CGGUUCGCGGCACCGAACGGGACCGGGCGGCACCGGAGCGACCCCAGCGCCCCCUGGCGGAGCGGCAGCACCCCCGGACCCCCCCUCGGGCACGGCCGAACCUUCCCGCGCCGUCCCGGUCCCGGUCCCGGUCCGGGUCCCGAGCGGGCGCCGCCGGCCGUCCCCGAGCGCUCGGAGCGGGUCAGAACCGGCACCGGGCAGCGCCGAGCCCGUGUCCCGCCGUCAGCGGGCGGCACCGAGCGCUCAGCGGGCGCAGCGGGCGGCUCCGCUCUGCCGCUCCCGCUGCCCCCUGUCCGGCCCGCGCUGACCUUGCCCGGGCCGGUCCGGAGCGGCCCCGAGCGCCGCCGCUCCCCGCCCGGCCCCGCUCCCGGUGCCGAUCCCGGUCCCGCCAUGGCGGCCCCGCUGGGCCCCGCCGGGUUCCAGUUCGCCAUCGACCGCGGCGGGACCUUCACGGACGUGUUCGCCCGCUGCCCCGGCGGCCGCGUCCGCGUCCUCAAGCUGCUCUCCGAGGACCCCGCGUACCGGGACGCGCCCACCGAGGGCAUCCGCCGCGUCCUGCAGGAGGAGCUGGGGGUGCCGCUGCCCCGGGACGAUCCCCUGGACGGCUCCGGACAGGGAUCCGCAUGGCACACGGUGGCACGGCGCUGCUGCCCCGGGGAGGGGCCUGGCCACCUGCUGCACAUCGGCACGCAGGCCCGGCCGCGCCUCUUCGACCUGGAGGUGGCCAUGCCCGAUGUGCUGUACGAGGAGGUGAUCGAGGUGGACGAGCGGCUGAUCCCGGAGCAGGAGGAUUGUCACCUGCCCGGCAGUGACAGCUGGCCCCGGGUGCAAGGUGUGUCGGGUGUCACCCUGCUCGUGCAGCGCCCCCUGGACGUGUCGCGGCUCCGCGCCGACCUGGAGCGGCUCCUGGCCCGCGGCAUCCGGAGCCUGGCGGUGCUGCUGCUGCACAGCUACGCGUGGCCGGGUCACGAGCAGCAGGUGGGGGCCCUGGCGCUGUCCCUGGGCUUCUCGCAGGUGUCGCUGUCCUCGGCCGUGGCCGGCAUGGCGCGGGCGGUGCCGCAGGGGCUCACGGCCUGCGCCGACGCCUACCUGAGCCCAGGUGUGCGCCGGUACCUGCACGGCUUCUGCCAGGGCUUCCGGGACGGGCUGAAGGGGGUCCCGGUGCAGUUCAUGCGCUCGGACGGGGGGCUCACCCCCAUGGCCAGUUUCGGGGGGGCCCGGGCCAUCCUGUCGGGCCCGGCCGCGGGGGUCGUGGGCUACGCCCGGACCACCUUCGACCCCCGGGACGGGAACCCCGUCAUCGGCUUCGACAUGGGGGGCACCUCGACGGACGUGAGCCGCUUCGCGGGGCGCUUCGAGCACGUGUUCGAGGCCAGCACGGCCGGGGUCUCCAUCCAGGCCCCGCAGCUCGACAUCAACACCGUGGCGGCCGGGGGGGGGUCCCGCCUCUUCUUCAGGUGGGGAGGGGGCUCCGGGGGCGGUCCCCUGACCGUCACCGACGCCAACCUGGUUCUGGGCCGGCUGCUCCCCGAGUUCUUCCCGCGCAUCUUCGGGCCCGACGAGCAGCAGCCGCUGUGUCGCGACACGGCCGUGGCGGCUUUCGGGGAGCUGGCGGCCGCCAUCCGCGCCUUCCAGGGCCGCACCGAGGGUGGCACCGCUGGUGACACCGCUGGUGACACCGCUGGUGACAAGCUGUCGGUGGAGGAGGUGGCGCUCGGCUUCAUCCGCGUGGCCAACGAGGCCAUGUGCCGGCCCAUCCGCGCCCUGACGCAGGCGCGGGGACACGACGCGGCGCGACACGUGCUGGCGUGCUUCGGGGGCGCCGGGGGGCAGCACGCGUGUGCCAUCGCCCGCACGCUGGGCAUGGCCCGCGUCUUCAUCCACAAGCACAGCGGGCUGCUCUCGGCGCUGGGGCUGGCGCUGGCGGACGCGGUGCAGGAGGAGCAGGAGCCGUGCGCGCUCCCGUACGGGCCGGGCGCGUUCCCGCGGCUCGAGCGCCUCCGCGAAGCUGGAGCGGGGCGCUGCCGGGACGCUGCGCUGCGCAGGGGCUUCGCACCGGCUCAGAUCCGCACGGAGCCGUUCCUGCACCUGCGCUACGAGGGCACCGACUGCGCCCUGAUGGUGUCAGCGCAGGGACACCCGCCGGGGCCGGGCACCUGCGCCGCCGGGGACUUCCUGGGGGCCUUCACCGCCAGGUACCAGCAGGAGUUUGGUUUCACCAUGCCGGGCCGCGCCGUGCUCGUGGACGAUCUGCGGGUGCGGGGCACCGGCAGCACCGAGCCCGUGCCCGAGCCCCCUGGUGUGACCCCAAUGUCCCCCCAGGUGACCCGGUGCUAUUUCGAGGGGGGGUACCGGGACACCCCCGUGUUCCUUCUGGGGGAGCUGGGCUCGGACCACGCCCUGCCCGGGCCGGCCAUCGUCAUCGACACCAACAGCACCAUCGUGGUGGAGCCGGGCUGCGUGGCGCGCGUCACCGCGCUCGGGGACAUCAGCAUCGAGGUGACCGCGGGGCCGGCGCCGGCGCUGGGCACGGCGCUGGAGCCCGUGGCGCUGUCCGUGUUCUCGCACCGCUUCAUGAGCAUCGCAGAGCAGAUGGGGCGCACGCUGCAGCGCACGGCCAUCUCCACCAACAUCAAGGAGCGCCUGGACUUCUCGUGCGCCCUGUUCGGGGGAUUUGGGGGGGUUUGGGGGCUCUGGCUCGUGUCCAACGCCCCCCACAUCCCCGUGCACCUGGGCGCCAUGCAGGAGGCCGUGCAGUUCCAGAUCCGUAACCUGGGCCCGGAGCUGCGGGAGGGAGACGUGAUCCUGAGCAACCACCCGAGGGCGGGGGGCAGCCACCUGCCCGACCUGACCGUCAUCACACCUGUGUUCUGGCCAGGUGAGCCCCGCCCCGUGUUCUUCGUGGCCAGCCGGGGGCACCACGCCGACGUCGGGGGCUCCAGCCCGGGCUCGAUGCCGCCGCACUCGCAGAGCCUGGCCCAGGAGGGCGCCGCCUUCGUGUCCUUCAAACUGGUCACCAACGGGGAGUUCCAGGAGCAGGCUGUGACCGAGGCCCUGCUGGCCCCCGGCUCCGUGCCCGGCGCUGCUGGGGCCGCCGACCCGCCGACCCUGGGGACAACUGGCGACUGGCCGACUUGCGCGCAGGUGGCGGCGAACCAGAAAGGGAUCGGGCUGGUGCGGGAGCUGAUCGCGCACCACGGGCUGCACGUGGUGCAGGCUUACAUGGGAUAUGUGCAGGCCAACGCGGAGGUGGCCGUCAGGGACACGCUGCGGGCGGUGGGGACAGCUCGGGGACACCGCGGGGACCCUGGGGAUGUCACUGGGGCCAAGGACACGAUGGACAAUGGCACCCCCGUGCGGCUCAGGGUGACACUGGACCCACGAGAGGGCAGCGCCGUGUUCGAUUUCGGGGGGACGGGACCCCAAGUUCUGGGGAACUGCAACGCGCCCCGCGCCAUCACCCUGUCGGCGCUGAUCUACUGCCUGCGGUGCCUGGUGGGACACGACAUCCCCCUGAACCAGGGCUGCCUGGCCCCGGUGCAGGUGCGGAUCCCUCCGGGCUCCAUCCUUGACCCCUCCCCCGACGCCGCCGUGGUGGGCGGGAACGUGCUGACGUCACAGCGCGUGGUGGACGUGGUGCUGCGCGCGUUCGGCGUCUGCGCCGCCUCCCAGCACACGCCCAUGACCAACACGAGGAUCACCGACCCCGAGAUCCUCGAGAGCAGGUACCCGGUGGUGCUGCGGCGCUUCGAGCUCCGCGCGGGCUCGGGGGGCGCGGGCCGGCACCGGGGGGGGGACGGGGUGGUCCGGGAGCUGCAGUUCCGGGCGCCCACCCAGCUCUCGGUGCUGAGCGAGCGCCGCGCCACCAGGCCCUACGGGAUGGCGGGAGGGCUCCCGGGGGCGCCGGGGCUGAACCUGCUGCUGCGGAGGGACGGGAGAGUGAUCAACCUGGGGGGCAAGAGCUCGGUGUGCGUGGAGCCGGGGGACGUUUUCCGCCUGCUGACCCCGGGCGGGGGCGGGUUCGGCCCCCCCGAGGACGGGGCUGGGGGCGCCCCCAGGACCCCCCGGACCCCCAGGACCUCUGGGCCCCCCAGAACCCCCAAAACCCCCCAAACGCCCCAAAGCCCCCGGCCCCACAAACCUUCCCAGAGCGCGGCAGCGUCUUCGAGUUCCGGCAGGCGCAGGAGGCCGUGUGACCCCAAAGGGGUUAUGGGGCACCCCAUAACCUGCUAUGGGGCAGCCCCUGACCCUGCUAUGGGGCAGCCCGAACCCCGAUGUGUGACCCCAUAACCUGUUACGGGGCAGCCCCUGACCCUGCUAUGGGGCAGCCCGAACCCCGAUGUGUGACCCCAAAACCUGUUAUGGGGCAGCCCCUGACCCUGCUAUGGGGCAGCCCGAACCCCGAUGUGUGACCCCAAACCUGCUGUGUGACCCCAAAGUGGUUAUGGGGCACCCCAUAACCUGCUAUGGGGCAGCCCGAACCCCGAUGUGUGACCCCAAAACCUGUUAUGGGGCAGCCCCUGACCCUGCUAUGGGGCAGCCCCACACCGGCUGUGUGACCCCAAACCAGCUGUGUGACCCCAAAAUGGUUAUGGGGCACCCCAUAACCUGCUAUGGGGCAGCCCGAACCCUGAUGUGUGACCCCAAACCUGCUGUGUGACCCCAAAGUGGUUAUGGGGCACCCCAUAACCUGCUAUGGGGCAGCCCGAACCCCGAUGUGUGACCCCAAAACCUGUUAUGGGGCAGCCCCUGACCCUGCUAUGGGGCAGCCCCACACCGGCUGUGUGACCCCAAAAUGGUUAUGGGGCACCCCAUAACCUGCUAUGGGGCAGCCCGAACCCCGAUGUGUGACCCCAAACCUGCUGUGUGACCCCAGAGUGGUUAUGGGGCACCCCAUAACCUGCUAUGGGGCAGCCCCACACCGCUGUGACCCCUAACCUGCUGUGUGACCCCAAAAUGGUUAUGGGGCACCCCAUAACCUGCUAUGGGGCAGCCCCUGACCCUGCUAUGGGGCAGCCCGAACCCCGAUGUGUGACCCCAAAACCUGCUGUGUGACCCCAAAGUGGUUAUGGGGCACCCCAUAACCUGCUAUGGGGCAGCCCCACACCGGCUGUGUGACCCCAUAACCUGCUAUGGGGCAGCCCCACACUGGCUGUGUGACCCCAAACCUGCUGUUUGACCCCAAAACAGUUAUGGAGCACCCCAAAACAGCUGUGGGGCGGCCCCAUAACCUGCUAUGGAGCAGCCCCAAAUCCGCUGUGGGGCGGCUCAAACCCCACUAUGGGGCAGCCCCUGACCCUGCUAUGGGUCAGCCCCACAACGGCUGUGUGACCCCAAACCUGCUGUGGGGCACCCUGAACCCCGAAUUGUGACCCUAAACCCGCUGUGGGGUGGCCCUAAAACAGCUGUGGGGCAGCCCUACACCGGCUGUGUGACCCAAACCCCACUGUGUGACCCCAGAUUGGCUGUGGGGCAGCCCCAUAUCCGCUGUGUGACCCCAAAACAGCUGUGGGGCAGCCACAAACCCGCUAUGGGGCAGCCCCAUAGCAGCUCCUGAGCCUGCCGUGAGGCACCCCAAAACCAGCUGUUUGACCCCAAACCCACUGUGGGGCAGCCCCCCAACUCCUCCUGCUAUGGGGCAGCCCCUCCCUAGAUACGCACAAUCCAUAGGGCAGCCCCUCACCCACUCCAGCUAUGGGGCAGCCCCAACUCCAGCAAUGCACCCCCUUGUGGGGCAGCCCCCAUCCCUGCUAUGGGGCAGCCCCCUGCCAAACCCUGCUAUGGGGCAGCCCCCCACCCACUCCAGCUAUGCACAGUCUGCUAUGGGGCAGCCCCCCACCCCUCUAUAGGGCAUCCCUUCCCAAGCCCUGCUAUGGGGCAGCCCCCCCUAGAUAUGCACCGUCCAUAGGGCAGCCCCCAAGCUCUCUUUAGGGCGGCCCCCCAGCUAUGCACACCCUAUGGGGCAGCCCCCCAUCCCAUCUAUGCACCUCCUAUGGGGCAGCCCCCCACCCACUCCAGCUAUGCACAGUCUAUGGGGCAGCCCCCCACCCCUCUAUAGGGCAUCCCUUCCCAAACCCUGCUAUAGGGCAGCCCCCCACCCACUGCAGCUAUGCACAGCCCAUAGGGCAGCCCCCCAUUGCUAGAUACGCACAGCCCAUAGGGCAGCCCCAUAACUCCACUAUGGGGCGGCUCCCAAUGCUGCUAUGGGGCAGCCCCCCCUUUAGAUACGCACAGCCCAUAGGGCACCCCACUAACUCCAGCUAUGGGGCAGCCCCCCAUCCCAUCUAUGCACCUCCUGUAGGGCAGCCCCCAUCCCUGCUAUGGGGCAGCCCGCCACCCACUCCUGCUAUGGGGCAGCCCCUCCUCUAGAUAUGCACAGUCUAUAGGGCACCCCCAUAACUCCACUAUGGGGCAGCCCCCAUCACCUGUGUGCACCUGCUAUGGGGCAGCCCCCAUCACAUGUGUGCACUUGCUAUGGGGCAGCCCCCAUCCCUGCUAUGGGGCAGCCCCUGACCCCACUAUAGGGCAGCCCCCCCUCCCCAGCUCAGCCCCUCCAUGGGGGGGGGCCCAGCUCCCCCCUUUGGGGGUCUCCCCCCAGUUCCCCCCCAGCCUCCAAUAAAGCUUCUU